AUGAAAUUAUGCCGAUGUUCCCCCGCUGGGAGUGAGACGAAAGGUCGCCAGUGAGAUGUCUUGCAGCAGAGGGCACUGCCCACAGUGAAGAGGUGCCUGGUGAACGAUGGCCAAGCGGCUUCUGGUGGCAAUUGCCCUCUGGGCCCUGGGAGGCCCCACUGGUCUCCAUCAUCUCUACCUGGGCCGGGAUAACCAUGCCCUGUUGUGGAUGCUGACUUUGGGGGGUUUUGGGAUGGGGUGGCUCUGGGAGCUGUGGCUGCUGCCGGGUUGGGUGACGCAGGCCAAUCGCACCUUGGAACUGCCCAGAGAUGGACCUCCACCUUUCAGCCCUGUGCGCUUCCUUGGCCAAGCCUCAGUAGGCAUCUACUUUGGUUUGGUGGCCCUGGUGGGUCUCUCAGCCCUCCCAGGUUUUUACUUCCUGGCUCUCCCCCUGGCAGUGGGACUCGGAGUUCACCUGGUGUCCGCAGUGGGUGACCAAUCCUCUGAUCUUCAAGCUACUUUGAAGGCGGCCUUCAUAACUGCACCAAUCUUCUAUGGCCGCCCUCUGGCCAUCUUCCCCAUCACUCUCACAACUAGUGUCACAGCCCAGCGGCACCGGUUCUAUAAAUCCAGCAAGGGCACCAGGGAGAAACUUGGUGCCCGACUGUACCGACUGGGCCUAGCCUACCUUGCUUUUACUACACCUUUGGCAUACUGUGUCUUCUACAACACAGCAGCCACUGCCAGCUACGUAGCCGGCACUAUUAGAUCCACGCUGGAUUGGCUCAGUGUGUUCCCAUCCCUGAGCAGUGCGCUGGAAUCGGUGCUUCUCCUGCCUUAUCAUGCUUGGAAGAUGCUGGGCUUCAGCGGUGGCUCCUUCCAGGAGUGGGAGCAAGUUUUUGCCUUCGUGCACUCGGUCCAGAAUGAGAGGCAGCGGAUGGCAUUCAAGGUCUUAGGAAUCCACGGCGAUGCCACACCUGAAGAAAUCCACAAAAGCUACCGGGAGCUGGUGAAGCUUUGGCAUCCAGAUCACAAUCGUCACCGGGCAGAAGAGGCGGAGAGACGUUUCAUCGAGGUGCAAGCUGCCUAUGAGCUCCUCACGCAGAUGAGGAAGCCCAAGCCGGCAUGAC